UUAUAAUAUUUGCGCUGCCAGAUCAAAGACAAAAUGAGGUUCCUAUGAAGAGACCAAUAAGUAAUAAUAACGUCGUUGCUGUGGUUCUGUGUUUUGUGUCACUUUACUGUCAUUAACUUUGUAAUGAACAUGAACGUUUUUAAUAUCAUAUUUUAAAUUCAAUGUUAUUUCUUAUGGUUGUUAUAAUAUUUUCUAAUGUAGCUUACGUUAGCAAUAAAAAUGCAGGUACUACAAUAUUCGAUCUUGCAAAAGCCAAUUUCGAUUGCUGGACGGAAGAAGAGAUAGCCAAGUUGAGGGCUCGCAAAACAUUCGAGGAGUUGGUACCGCCGCCAGUGAGCCCAGACAGAGUAAACACCCGAUACAUCAAGGACACUCUGAGGUAUUACAGAAAUGCGUUGCGAAAUGUGGGCCGCGAAGUGGACGAUAAGUCGGCCGAAAUACUCAAAGAAGCCUUGUCUGACACUAUCGGAGCUCAUCUCAAGAGUGAAACCCUGCCUACUGUUCGAUUUGCAUAUUAUGCCGGUUAUGUGCCAUACAGGAAUGCAAGACAACUUCACAAUUUUUAUGAUCAAAUCAAAGUUACUUUAAACACUCAGGGGUUAGGCUGGAAACGGCCUGAACGAGUACCCCAGUGGUCGAAUUUAACCGUCGCCAAGAUUGUGAUUGGAUCGGGAAAACUCUUAGACCCCUGCUCUUGUCUGGUUACGCGACGUGAUUCUAAUAAUUGCAUUCACUUACCUUCGCCUAGGUUGGAUGACGAAAACCAGCCAUCAGCUAUUGCAUUGCCAUUUAAAGUGGACGGAUUGGUGAGUUUACUAUCUCCUAAUUCGGAAAAUAUUCUGUUAAAAUACUACACUACGGCAUCGAGAUGCAUAUUGCACAGUUCUCCAGAAAGUUGUCGCCAUGCAGAUUUCGUUAAUUUUAACAAUGAGCUGUGGCACUGGAUGAAACGUGAUGUUGCACCUCAUUUAGUCGACGAAAAGUUAUACGCAGCCUACGGUGGUGUGCUAAGAAUAGCAGCUGCUGUACAAAACUACGGAAAAGGUUUGUCUCGGCGUAAUCUCUUUGAAUACCAAGAAGCCGCCGUAAGUAAAUGGAAUCCUUGGAAAACGCUCACACAGUCGUAUCUGUAUAUAAACGCAGAUUGGACACCUAAACUUUAUAUCCUACUGGUAUUUCUGACUGCAUUGGCUAUUUGCCUUUUGCAGAUUUGUUAUAACUACGUAUUCGGGGAUGCAGAUGCUUGUGGUUGUAAAGGUAGAACGAGAGGCCCAUCUUUCUCCAAAGAAGUAGCGUAUACGAAAGUAGAUAGUAGUUUCCCAGCUGUAUUGCCUCAUCAAAGUGCUAUUUACUACAGUGAUAAAAAGCGUAUAAAACGCCCACCAUCUAGAAGUAAAACGUCCUCUUUAGGAUCUAUUCGGACACAAAAAGUGUAUGAUUUGAAUGAGAAUACAGAAAAACUGAUGGCCAUCAUAAUGAGUGACAAUGAGGAUUCUGAUGUAGGAUCAUCACCGUCGAAGAUGGACAGUGAAGAAGAAUGUGAAGGAAAACGUUUGACUGAUUUGAGAGAGUCUCCUAGACCAAGAAGCCCGCCCAAAAUAGAGACAUCCGUAGCUCAGUUGACGAUAGAUAGAGUUCAGUCUUCCGACAAAAAGAAUUCGAUGCCAAUGUAUUCAACUAGUACUCUAACUCGCUCUGAUCUGACGUACUGCCCUGAGAAAUUGUUAAGUGACACAGGUUGGUCAGCUACCAGUACCAGUUCAUCAGGUAAAACUCUAAGUUCCACAAGUUCCAAGUCCCACAGCAGAAGAUCAAGAAGUUCCCGUGACCUCGCAUGGGCCCGACACGUGAUAUCCAGGCAUUCUCGAAGAGGUGCGGCACAUUCUACCACUGGCACAGAAUUAGAUGCUAACUCUUUCUUAACACCACCGUCGCGCCGGUAGCGAUACUUCUUAUGUGAUUUAUGUUGAUAGGUUGUUUAUUUGUAGGAUGUUUAGUUAGUACUUAUUAUUGUAUAAGACAUGUUGGAUAUUUAAGAUGUAUUUGAGGUUUAUUAAGAAUAUAUUGGUACAUGUUAACCUUGUUUUAAUAGCAUUCAUACGCUUCAUGUUCAAAGUAAGUACCUACUUUAGAUCCAAAGUCAUUUCAUCUCUGUCCUACAGAAAUCAUGAUUUAUGCGUGUCUGGUAGUUUCAAUAAAGCAUU